UGAGAACACACUAAUCACUCUUUCCUUAAUAUUUUUAAUUUUUUGGAAUUUAAAAUAAUAAAAUGGUUCUCAUCAUUGACUAAAUCAAAAGAAAAAAAAUCAUUUUAUUGAUUUGAUAAUAUCAAACUGAUGAACUAAAAUAGUGUUUGUGAUAAUAAAUUCAAUUUAAUUAUAUUGAUAGAUAUCAACAAGUUAUUUUUAAUUGAAUACAAAAAAUUAGAUAUUUUAAUUUUUUUUAUUCAAUAAAAAAAUAAAACACCACUAAGUCUUUAAAGUGUAUAAUAAAAUAAAAUCUCGAUAUAAAAUGAAUGACUAAUAGAUUCUAAUACCAUGCAAAAAUGUCUUUCCAACAUUUUAAAUGACCUCUAGUCUCAAACUCCCAAUAAAUUCUCAAAUCUCAAGUCCUAAUGGUUUUCAUUAGUUUAGUAUGGACAAGAAAGGGUUGGUAAUGUAGGUCAUGCGUCCAUAGCAUCACCAAUUCAAGUUGGUGGCACAAUGCUACUUUACCAAUAAAAGCGGUGCGUGACAAAGGAAUUCCUAAUACCCCAUGCAUCAAAUUGAUGUCUGCCAAAUUAAGGCUACGUUUGGUUGGAGAUUACUAAAGAAAGAAAAAAAAUAAUAAAAUCAAACCUUAUCGGUACAUCCUUUACAAUUUCUAAUAUACUUAAAAUACCCUUUUUAUUCUUUUCUUCCAUAUCCAUCUUUUUUUUUUUCGUCUUUGAGGCUUAUUCUUUAAGUAAAUUUUAAUAACAAAAAAAAAAAAAAAAACAUGUAAAAAUAAUUGAAAAAUGAUUUGGAAGAAUUUAUUGUGUGUUUCAGCUGGAGAGCCGCAUGACGCAAAUACUCUGACCCAAUUUACUAGAUACUAAAAAGUGGUCUAGACUAGGAAGGUUUGACACUGUACAAAUAUUAAUCAUAAAGUUCAUUUGAUAGUAUUUUUCAAAAAUAUUAUUUUAAAAAUAAUUAAAUAUUUGAUAAGAUUUAUGAAAUAUUUUUAAAAUUAUUCAUAAUAUUAAAAAAUUAUUUAUAAUAUUUCCUAACAAACCAUUUUAUUAAAAAUAUUUUUAAUAAAAAUAUUAUAUAUGUAUUGGAAGAAUGAGUAUUUGUAAUUGAAAGAUAAAAAGCCACUUUGUAAGAAAUGAAAAUUUUUAUUAUUAAGUAUUAGAAGGGAUAAAAAUAUUUGGUGAAAUCAUUGGUAAACACUUCUUAGUUGUUGUAGGAGUAAAAAUGUUGGAGGUUUAAGGGGGUGGGAAAUGGAUGUGCGUAUUUCUCCACAGGGUUAUUCCCAACAGAAAUUAUUUUUAAGAUAGAAGUCAAGAAUCAAUUUCCUUAAAAGGGAAAAGCUAUGACAUUUGAAGGCUACCAUGGAAGCUGUUGGAACUCUAGGCGUUUCGAUACCUUUACUUUCAGCUGAAGCCAUCCCACCGCAGAACCACUUUCACUUGUUUUCCAUCUUCCCUUCUCUACUAUUUGCUCUUUGUUUGCCUUUGCAGAACACCAUGGAAGUUGUUGGAGAUGCUCUUAUUUCCGCUGCCGUUGGCUUGCUCUUUAACGAGUUGGUUUCUUCUGAUCUGAUUAAGUUCGCACGGCAGGAGGAUGUCCACAACGAGCUCAAGAAAUGGAAGAAGGAAUUGCAGAGCAUCCAGAAAGAGCUCAACGACGCGGAGGAAAAGCAGAUCACACAGGAGGCUGUCAAAUCAUGGCUGUUCGAUCUCAGGGUUGUGGCGUAUGAUAUGGAGGACAUCUUGGACGAGUUUGCCUACGAAUUGAUGAGAAGAAAGCCGAUGGGGGCGGAAGCUGACGAAGCCAGCUCAAGCAAGAUACGCAAGUUCAUUCCUACUUGCUUUACUAGUUUCAAUACAACUCAUGUUGUGCGUAAUGUCAAGAUGGGGCCCAAGAUUAGGAAAAUCACCAGCAGAUUACGAGAUAUUUCGGCCAGAAAAGUUGGACUUGGCCUAGAAAAGGUGACAGGAGCAGCUACUUCUGCUUGGCGAAGGUUGCCACCCACUACACCUAUAGCAUACGAACCUGGGGUUUAUGGCAGGGAUGAGGAUAAAAAGGUGAUCCUUGAUUUGCUGGGCAAGGUUGAGCCCUAUGAAAACAAUGUUGGCGUGAUCUCCAUUGUUGGCAUGGGCGGGGUGGGCAAGACAACGCUCGCACGGCUGGUUUACAACGAUGAAAUGGCGAAAAAAUUUGAUCUAAAAGCGUGGGUUUGUGUGUCUGAUGUGUUCGAUGUGGAGAAUAUAACAAGAGCAUUUCUCAACUCGGUGGAAAAUUCUGAUGCAAGCGGUUCGUUGGACUUCCAACAAGUUCAAAAGAAAUUGAGAGAUGCCUUGACAGAAAGGAAGUUUUUAAUCAUUCUCGACGAUGUGUGGAACGAAAAUUUUGGUAAUUGGGAUCGAUUGCGUGCCCCUUUGAGUGUAGGGGCAAAAGGAAGCAAACUCAUAGUUACAACACGCAAUAAAAAUGUUGCAUUGAUGAUGGGAGCUGCCGAGAAUCUUCAUGAACUAAACCCCUUAUCAGAAGAUGCUUGUUGGUCUGUGUUUGAGAAGCAUGCAUUUGAACAUAGAAAUAUGGAAGAUAAUCCCAACUUGGUGUCCAUUGGUAGGAAAAUUGUUGGCAAGUGUGGGGGAUUGCCCCUAGCAGCAAAAUCCCUUGGUGGUCUCUUACGCUCUAAACAGAGGGAAGAAGAAUGGGAAAGAGUGUCAAAUAGCAAAAUUUGGGAUUUGUCAAGCACGGAAUGUGAGAUUCUUCCUGCGUUGCGAUUGAGCUAUCACUAUGUCCCUUCAUAUUUGAAGAGGUGUUUUGCAUACUGUGCAAUGUUCCCCAAGGACUUUGAGUUCAACUCAAAAACUUUGGUCCUCCUCUGGAUGGCUGAAGGUUUAAUUCAGGAACCAAACGCUGAUAACCUGACAAUGGAAGAUCUAGGAGACGACUAUUUUUGUGAAUUAUUGUCAAGGUCAUUUUUUCAAUCAUCAGGCACGGAUGAAUUCCGAUUUGUGAUGCAUGAUCUUAUCUGUGAUCUAGCUCGAGUUGCUUCUGGUGAAAUAUGCUUUUGUUUGGAGGAUACCUUGGAUAGUAAUCGACAAUCCACAAUUUCUAAAGAGACUCGUCAUUCAUCAUUUAUUCGUGGAAAAUUCGAUGCGUUCAAGAAAUUUGAAGCCUUUCAAGGGUUAGAACAUUUAAGAACAUUUGUGGCUUUACCAAUUCAAGGUACGUUUACAGAAUCUUUUGUAACUAGUUUGGUGUGUGAUCAUUUGGUGCCAAAAUUUCGACAGUUAAGAGUCCUCUCUUUGAGUGAAUAUAUGAUUUUUGAGCUACCAGAUUCUAUUGGUGGAUUAAAACAUCUGCGUUAUUUGAAUUUGUCUUUCACCCAAAUCAAAUUAUUGCCAGAUUCAGUGACCAAUCUCUAUAAUUUACAAACAUUGAUACUAUCCAAUUGUAAGCAUCUUACAAGGUUGCCUUCCAACAUCGGAAAUUUAAUUAGCCUUAGACAUCUCAAUGUUGUUGGAUGUUCAUUGCAAGACAUGCCACAGCAAAUAGGCAAAUUAAAGAAAUUGCAAACAUUGUCUGAUUUUAUUGUGUCCAAAAGAGGAUUUUUGGGAAUAAAGGAGUUGAAGGAUUUGUCACAUCUGCGGGGGGAGAUAUGUAUUUCAAAAUUGGAAAAUGUUGUGGAUGUUCAAGAUGCUAGAGAUGCCAAUCUAAAAGCUAAGCUCAAUGUUGAAAGGUUGAGUAUGAUUUGGAGUAAAGAAUUGGAUGGUUCACAUGAUGAAGACGCUGAAAUGGAAGUCCUUCUCUCUCUACAACCUCAUACUAGUUUGAAGAAACUCAAUAUUGAAGGUUACGGUGGUCGGCAAUUCCCCAACUGGAUAUGUGAUCCCUCUUACAUUAAAUUGGUGGAGUUAAGUCUUAUUGGUUGUAUAAGAUGCAUAUCAGUACCUUCGGUUGGGCAACUACCCUUCCUCAAGAAGUUAGUCAUCAAAAGAAUGGAUGGAGUGAAAAGUGUGGGGCUGGAGUUUGAGGGCCAAGUUUCUCUUCAUGCUAAGCCUUUCCAAUGCUUAGAGUCUUUGUGGUUUGAGGAUAUGAUGGAAUGGGAAGAGUGGUGUUGGUCAAAAGAGUCAUUUUCUUGCCUCCAUCAAUUGGAGAUAAAAAAUUGUCCAAGAUUGAUUAAGAAAUUACCCACUCACCUAACUUCUCUAGUAAAGCUCAAUAUUGGGAAUUGCCCAGAAAUUAUGGUUCGACGACCAACACACUUGCCUUCUCUUAAAGAGCUCAAUAUUUAUUAUUGCCCAGAAAUGAUGCCACAAUUUGAGAAUCAUGAAUUUUUCAUUAUGCCACUGAGGGAAGCGAGUAGAAGCGCAAUUGACAUCACCUCACAUAUUUAUUUGGAUGUUAGUGGAAUAUCACAGCUUUCCAGACUUCAGCCGGAGUUUAUGCAGUCCCUGCCGAGGCUUGAACUUCUAGAAAUUGACAAUUCUGGUCAGUUGCAAUGUUUGUGGCUGGAUGGGUUGGGAUUAGGAAACCUCUCUCGUCUUCGAAUAUUGAGUAGUGACCAACUUGUAUCCUUGGGAGGGGAGGAGGAGGAAGUGCAAGGGCUGCCUUACAAUCUUCAGCAUUUGGAAAUACGUAAGUGUGAUAAGUUGGAGAAGCUUCCACAUGGAUUACAAAGCUAUACAUCUCUUGCAGAGUUGAUCAUCGAGGAUUGCCCAAAACUGGUGUCAUUUCCAGAGAAGGGUUUCCCGCUCAUGCUUAGAGGUCUUGCUAUUUCUAAUUGUGAAAGUCUAAGUAGUCUACCUGAUGGGAUGAUGAUGAGAAACAGCAGCAACAACAUGUGUCACCUUGAAUACUUGGAGAUAGAGGAGUGUCCAUCUCUUAUUUGCUUUCCAAAAGGGCAGUUACCCACCACCCUUAGGCGACUAUUCAUAUCCGAUUGUGAAAAGCUAGUGUCUCUUCCAGAAGACAUCGAUGUGUGUGCCAUUGAACAGUUAAUUAUGAAGAGGUGUCCAUCUCUUACUGGUUUUCCAGGUAAGCUACCUCCCACUCUCAAGAAGCUUUGGAUAUGGGGGUGUGAAAAGCUACAGUCUCUACCAGAGGGAAUAAUGCAUCACCAUUCCAACAACACAACCAAUGGUGGACUUCAAAUCUUGGAUAUCUCGCAAUGUUCAUCUCUCACAUCCUUUCCUACUGGCAAGUUUCCCUCUACCCUUAAAUCUAUUACGAUCGAUAAUUGUGCACAGAUGCAGCCAAUUUCAGAGGAGAUGUUUCACUGUAAUAAUAAUGCACUUGAAAAGUUGUCCAUCUCGGGACACCCUAAUCUCAAAACCAUACCGGAUUGCCUCUACAACCUCAAAGAUCUUCGGAUUGAAAAAUGCGAGAAUCUGGACUUGCAGCCUCAUCUAUUGCGAAACCUCACUUCUCUUUCAUCACUUCAGAUCACUAAUUGUGAGACUAUCAAAGUGCCCUUAUCAGAAUGGGGACUUGCUAGAUUGACCUCUCUUAGAACUCUUACCAUUGGUGGCAUAUUUCUGGAAGCCACCUCCUUUCCUAAUCACCACCACCACUUGUUUCUUCUUCCUACUACUCUAGUUGAGCUUUCCAUUUCAAAUUUCCAGAAUCUGGAAUCCUUGGCCUUCCUGUCUCUCCAAAUGCUCACCUCUCUUAGAAAGCUAGAUGUCUUCCAAUGUCCUAAGCUCCAGUCGUUUAUACCAAGGGAAGGGCUGCCUGACAUGCUUUCAGAACUGUAUAUAAGAGACUGCCCGCUCCUAAUUCAAAGGUGCUCCAAAGAGAAAGGGGAAGAUUGGCCCAAGAUUGCCCACAUCCCCUGUGUGAAAAUAGAUGGCAAAUUGAUCCUUGAGCAAUAAGAAGUUGAGAUUGCAGCAAAAUGCACGCAGAGACUACCACUAUAUGUAAAUGCUUGUUGAAACUCAUCCAAUGGCAAAAAUUCUCCUUCACCAAUGACUGGUUUGCCAUCCAUGCUAUAAAGUCUCAUGCUUGAUGGUUAUGAAGGUUAAAAAUUCAGUAUUUCAUUGACCGAAGAACAAGAAGAAGAAGAAGAACAGAUUUAAUUAAAAAGAAACUGGAGUCAAUUUUAGCAAAAAAAAUUGCAGAUAAAACUUACUUGGAAGCUUUUGUAGUUGUACGAGUCAGAACUUUAUCUGGGGCCUCAUGACAUGCCUGUUGUUAGAUUGCAUAUCUACGCAACACACAUAGGCUAUUAAUUCCCUUUCUAUUAGAAUCAAGGUGUGAAGGAGAAGAUAAUGCAAAUGGAAUCCAAUUCUCUAACCACAGGGUCAGCCAGUUAAACACACCUAAAUAAUUCAAAGUUGCAGAAGUCUUGCUGGCUCACAAAUUACCAUCUCAUGUGGAUUUUGAAGAAAGGAAAUCUGCAACUUGAGAUACAAUGAGCUAUGAUCAUUCUUACAUUUUUAAAGCUUCUUCAUUUGUAUCGUAUGUUCUGAUGGCAUUUACUUUUUCUCAUUACACAUGCAUGAGGAAGAUUUUAUGAUUUCCAUUAUAAGUUUUGAAUAACUAUAUUUGCAUUUCUUUUUAUUUCAAGUAGAUGGAGGGGUGAAAAUUCUUUUGCAUGUUUGUUGAUGUUUUGCACUUAAAACUCUACUCUGGUGUUUGGUGUUUAAAAAGGGGUACUUCAUGCAGAUAAUGAAAGUAUAAAUAGUUCUUUACCAUAAAAAAAUGCUUCAUGGUUGUUAAGAUCCAUCUAAUUCUUUGUCCUUUUAUUGACAUGUUCUUCAACUUGUGGAAGACUUGGAAGGGAGAGCUUGAAUCAAAUUAAGCCAACACCUUGCAAAAGAUGAAUUCUGGCUAAGAAACCCCACUACUCUCAAGUUCUUUCUUAUCCAAUAAUUUUACAGCAGUCAGAGCUCUGUCUUCCUUGAGUUCAAGCAGAGCUUUCUGAUUGAUCAGCAUGCUUCUGAUGAUCCUUCUGCUUAUCGAAAAGUUGCAGCUUGGAAAUGUGAAGGCGAAGGUAGUGAUAGAGGUUUUUUAGUUUAGAUUUUUUAAUAAAAUCAUAAUUUGUUGAUUAGAUAUUUAGUAGGUUGUUAUCUCUGUUCCUAUUUGUUAGGGUGUUGAGAUUCUCUUGGAAGAGAUCUUUAUUUGACUUGUAAUCUACAGCUUAUUCAAUAGGUUGGAUGAUCAUUUUCUUCAGAGCUACGACUCUCAGCUAGGGUUUCUUAAUGGUCAAUACAGCCAUGACCGGUGCAACUAGACCCACCAACUCAACCAAGGAAACGACAGAGGAAGUGUAGAGUGGCCCUGCUGUCUUAUUCAACAAUUAUGAAAAUUCCAACACUUUUCAGAUAACUGUUCACAGAUUCAAUGGCAAGAAUAAUGUAGAGUGGGCGCAAUCGAUGAAGCUAGUGAUAGAUGGCAAAGGCAAAAUUGGCUAUCUCACUGGUGAAGUGACAAAACCAGCAGAAAGAGAUCCCAAAUUCAAACCAUGGAGGUCCGAAAAUUCUAUGAUCAUAGCCGGGUUAAUAAACUCAAUGGAAAACCAUUUAUGUUUCUUCCAACUGCCAAAGAUGUAUGGGAUGCAAUUCGAGAAACAUGCUCGGAUUUGGAAAACUCGUCUCAGAUAUUUGAAUUGAAAACAAAGUUGUGGCAAUUGAAGCAACGAGAUCGAGAUGUGACGGAGUAUUACAAUGGGAUUUUGACUCUUUGGCAAGAAUUGGAUUUGUGCUAUGAUGACCAAUGGGAUUGUACUAGUGAUAAGACACGUGAAGAGAGGAAAAUGACAGAGCAUAUGUUUUUCUUGCUGGACUUAACAAAGAAUGGACGAGGUCAGGGAACGAAUUCUUGGGAGGAAACCCUUGCCAAAUAUUCAUGAAGUGUUUUCUAAAGUUAGGCGAGAAGAAGCUCAACGGAGAGUGAUGCUCAAAGAUGCUGAUCAAAAGCAUACAACUGAAUCUGAAAGUUCUACUCUUGCUUCUAGAAGAUUCGAACAUGAAGGAGACCACGGAUGAAAUUUUCUUUAUAUAUUGCUGAUAUAUUGUGUAUAGGAGAUUAUGGAAACGAUAUUAUGUGGGAAAAUAUCAUUUCGACGAAAUUUUGAGGAAAA